UACUCUUUGCUGAAACACGCAAAUCCAGAUCUAGUAAAACCUAUAGAUCGUCUAUCAUUGUUAUUAUUGUUUACAUUUUUCAUCAAUUUCAUCGUGUUUAAUCAAUGUUUGUGAUAUGAACUAUUAAUUUAAAAUAUUAAAACUGAAAUGGUGAAAAACUUACUUCUUAAAGUACAAAAUUAUGGUGUCUUGGUAAAUUAAAAAAUUGAUCUGAGUAAAACUAAAAAUGAAUACUAUUUCUCAUGCCACUAAUCGAUCUAUGAAGGUUGUACCUACACUAGAAGAAACACUAAAAAGUAUUGGACUAAACACACAACUCGACGAAAAUGUACAAACUUGGUUUAAUCAGCUGACGACUACUUGGCUAACAUGGAAAAGAUCUCCCAGUCUUGAACAUCACCUACAAGUAUUUUUUGAGACAAACCCUGAUCGGUAUAGAGUAGCACUUGUUUUUGUAUCGAAAUGUAAAGAUUCUAAAGAUUGUAAACCAAAAACCCUCCCAUUCUUUAUAAUAGAAACUUUACAUAAAUGGUCUUGUAAAAGUAAUACAUCCCCUGAUGAUUGCUUAAAAUUUCCAGCAUUCCGAAUUGCUACCGAACAAAGAAAUCAACAGUAUCUUAACUUAAUUGUAAAGACAUACAAAAUUGUGACAAUAAAGGAGACUAUUUUACCACUUGUUAAAAAUAUGUUAAAAAAUGACAAUUGUAAACAAGCUUCUCAAGUGGUUUUAGCAAUGGAGUUACAUGAAGACAUACCAGUUGAAGAUUUACUGUUUCCGCUCAUAAUCCAGGACAAAUAUAACAUGAUUAUUGAAUAUCUAUCAGAGUGUCCAAAUCAAGUGCUGCAAUUAGUACUAUUUUUAGAUAAAAUUUUGGAUAAAAAUGUCAGUAUUCGUGACCUUGUACAAAAGUACAUUUAUGAGUAUAAUAUUACUUGUAUUAAUUAUGAAAAAUUACAUCAUAAACCUCUUGGUAAGUUUGUGGGACGUUUAUGCAGCAAGUUUAAUAUCCCAAUUGAAACAUGUAAAAAUCUAUGCAAAAAUCGUACUCUUGGUGGAUUAAGAUAUCUAAUACAUCAAAAAUAUGUAGAUCACAAUGUUAGCUUGACUGUAUGGGAUGAUUUGAUAAAAGAUACACUGAAAGAAAAUUCGGAGUUAGCACUAGAAUUUGUUUAUUUGAUAGUAAAUCAUGAUAAAAAGGAGGCUGCAAAGUGGUCUCAAUACUUCAACUUACCAGAAACUGAGCUGCCACACUCACUAAAAAAGAUGUCUUUGGAUACUGUCUCCUGUGAGAAUGAGAAUUGGGAUGAUGAUGGUGAUGAUAACCUAAAUCAAAAUUUUUAUGAAAUAUCCUUGCCAGCAGAUAGAAUCAUAAUUAUAAAUACACCUGAAAUGUUAUAUGAACUGACAAAUACAUAUUUAGCUCACUGUAAUUUGGUCAGCAUUGACAGUGAAUGGAAGCCAUCCUUUGGAGCUGCACAAUCACAUAUAGCAUUGAUACAAAUUGCUGUAGAGAACUAUGUUUACUUAAUAGACACAUUAGCUCUAAAUAAGCAACAGUAUUCGAGUUUCUGGUAUGAUUUCAAUAAAUCUCUGCUUGAUAAUGCAGAAAUUAUAAAAUUAGGUUUUGGUUUAGAACAAGAUCUGAAACAAAUUAAAGGUUCUGUUGUAGGUUUAAGUAAUAUUAAAGUAAAAGGUGAAGGUUUACUUGAUUUAUCAACAUUGUGGAAAAAUCUCAUUAGUUCCGGUUUAAGCUUGCAAAGUAGUAGUGGUAAUAUUGGUAAUAGUUUGAGCUCUUUAGUAGAAAUAUGUUUUGGUUAUCCUCUACGUAAAUCGGAACAGCGUUCUAACUGGGAAAUUAGACCUCUACGUAAAACACAAAUUCAAUAUGCUGCUAUUGAUGCGCAUGUUCUUGUUGAACUGUUUAACUUUCUACAAGAGAAAUGUCUUGAACAAGGUAUUAAUUUUGAAGAAAUAUGUAAUGACACAAUGAUAGAUAAGAAGACAAAAUGUGUUAAACAGACAAAAUGUUCAGAAAAAACUCCAACUAGCUCUACUGUACAAACAAAUACAGUUGACGAUGUAAAAUUUUAUGUAGAAGGCAAAUUAAUUAAUUAUAUGCCAUAUUUAAGAUAUUUUGGAAUUGAUACACUACUUAUACCAGAAACAUUGUUAUGGCACGAUGUGAUUAAUCAAGCUAUGUUUGAAAAUCGCUAUAUUUUAUUGGCUAAACUUAAGUUCACUCCAAUGAAAACUUUCCCACAAAGUUCAAUUUUAGAUGUUGGUAAUGGUUAUGUCACUAAAGAGAAGCUUCAAAAAAUAAAGAAUUACUUUAACAUAAAGAUAAAUGAAAGUGAUUUUACAAAACGUUGCAUAAAUUGUAACGGGUCAGAAGUAGAAAAGUUGACGUCUGAGAAAGUAAGUGAAUUAUGUAGUCAGUAUCAGAAUGUCAGCAGUUCAUCAAAUAAUGUGAAUUAUACUGUUCCUACUGAUGAUGACUAUUAUGAAAAAUGUGACAAGUUUUUCAGUGAUUCUGAAGACGAUGACAUUGUUUGUACACCUAAACAUAAUUUAUGUGUUACAAGUACGGGAGUUCCCAUUCAAAUACAAGAUGUUCAUAAACUCUCUCAAUCGCCUCAAGCAGCAAUUAUUUGUAACUUGUGUGGUAGAUUAUUUUGGGAUGGUGAUGAUCUGUACAAAACAGUAGUGUCUGUUGCUAAUAGUAGUCUUAAGUGACUUAGGUACUCAAUGAAUUAAAUAUUAUGUCAUGACGACUCUUGAAAUAGAGUAGUGGUAUUUAAAAAUAUAUUAUGAAUUGACUUUAUUUCAGUAUUACUUGUAACUUGACACUGAGGUAAAUCCAAGUAAUACUUAUAGUUUAAUGCUGGCAACACAUACAUAGGAAAGGUGUUUGCUUUACAGAAAAUAAGGGACGAAUAUAGAUAUGAAGAUAGUUUGUGUACUACCAUAAUGUAACUCAAGCAACAAAAUAAUGAUGACUAAGGGUAAUAGGGUAAGGAUACAUAUCAAUAAGUUGUUUGAUAUAACAUCAUGAAAUUUAUUAAUUUAUUAACCUUUGUUUCACGAACAGUUACUUUUUUCUUCAUUUCUAAAUUGUACACAGAGAGUUUUUUUUUAUUUCAAUGAUUUUACUUUUCACAAUGAUAUAUAAGUACGUUUUCAGACUCAGAAAUGGAUAAAAAACAAUGGUUAACCUAACGAUAAUUUAAAAAAAACACUGAUGUUAAAUGUAACAUUUUCUUUUAGCGAUGUAAAAACUCGUUUUUGACUAAUUUAGAAUGUUAUUAACUACGUCCAUAACUUAUGUUUCGCGCUGAUAUAAUGUGAUAUAAUUGGUUUAGGCUGUCAAUUUAUAACUUACAAACAUAAAAAAAGUUACACACGUCUUGUUCCUUGCAUUACCAAACUUUGCACAAAAAUACAACUCCGCCUCUUAACAAAAUAACUUCCAAAUGACUGUCGCUUUUAAGGUACUUAAAUGUACAGUAAAGCAACAAAUGAUUUUUUUAAAACGCUUCAUGCGCUCUUGAUUAUUUUUAUUUCCCGACCCUUUGAUAAUUAUGGGACAUCUGUGUAUUAUAACUUUGUACAAAUAUACCAUUAAAUUAAGGGGUACAAUUACAUCAAAUAAUUUAAGAUAAGAAAAUUUUAGAGUUAAAAGAUUUUUUUAAAUGUUUAGAAAGUAUAAACAUUAAAUUUUUAGCGCGCACGUAAACUUUACUGUCAACGACUUUUUUUUGUUUUAAUACAGAUAACGUUAGAUAUAGUUUUGUAGAUUUGAAAAGGAAAAUUAAUCGUCAAAUAUACUUUGUUAGGACACCUAUAUAUUUUAAAUUUUAGUAUUAUUUUAAGUACCUUUGUUAGCAUUCCAUGGUAAAAAUUUAAUUAUCGACUUUUUUUCUGUGGAUUUUAUGAAUUGUAACCCUAUUGUUGUUUUCUGGAACCAAAAUCCUUGAAUAACAUACCUUCGUCUCACUUACUAUCUGUGUUUAAAAAAAAACAAUAUGUCUUACACGGAGAUUUUGGUUUCCAAGAACCAACGAUUAAUUAAACAAAAACAUUUAUUUAAGCUUCAAAUUGUUAAAAUUUUUGAAAACGAUUUUUUUGACUAUUUGGAUAUUUCGUAUUAUAUCGUUACAACUUUUUGUUGUUAUACACACCAACAAACGUUGGUGAUUUUAUCGUUUCAGUAUUUAUCUUUUUAUGUGAAACAAUAUUGUUAUUUUAGUUUUAAUUUUUAA